UAAUAAAGUAACCUAAGAACAUGGCAUUCAAGCUGAAUAUAUCAGUUUCGUUCAUCUGCUUGAUGGUUUUGGUGUUAGCCACUGGUUCAUAUGGUGGCGGGAUUUCCAUCUACUGGGGCCAAAAUGGUAAUGAAGGCACCUUAGCGGAGACUUGUGCGACGAGAAAUUAUGAAUAUGUGAAUAUAGCCUUCUUGGCAACAUUUGGUAAUGGCCAAACUCCGAUGAUAAACCUUGCCGGUCAUUGUGAUCCUUAUAGCAAUGGUUGUACUGGGUUAAGCUCCGACAUUAAAUCGUGUCAAGCUAAAGGUGUCAAAGUGAUUCUUUCGAUAGGAGGAGGUGCUGGUAGUUACUCCCUUUCUUCGUCUGAUGACGCUAGGCAAGUCGCGAUGUAUCUUUGGAACAAUUUCUUGGGGGGAACGUCGUCGUCUCGACCGCUUGGACCUGCUGUUCUUGACGGGAUCGACUUUGAUAUCGAGGGAGGAACAGGGGAACAUUGGGACGAUCUCGCGAAAUACCUUUCGGGAUAUAGCAAGAAAGGCAAGAAAGUGUACUUAACCGCAGCUCCUCAAUGCCCAUUCCCUGAUGCUUGGGUUGGAAAUGCAUUGAAAACGGGUCUCUUUGAUUAUGUUUGGGUCCAAUUCUAUAACAACCCUCCUUGCCAAUACUCGUCGGCCGAUAUUGCCAACCUUGAAGAUGCAUGGAAACAAUGGACUUCGGAUAUCCCAGCAACCAAGAUUUUCCUUGGCUUACCGGCAGCUCCUGAUGCAGCAGGCAGCGGUUUCAUCCCCGUAAACGAUCUCACAUCCAAGGUCCUACCAGCCAUAAAGAAUUCCUCCAAGUACGGCGGAGUUAUGCUUUGGUCCAAGUAUUAUGAUGAUCAAAGUGGAUAUAGCUCUUCCAUCAAGAGCCAUGUCUGA